AUGUCUGGCCUCGGCAGCUCCCGCUGGUCUUCAAAGCCUACAUCAAAGUCGUCUGAAGGUGGAGGAAAGACUCCAGAAGAGCCCAAACACGUCGCCGUCCCGUCUUUUGGCUUCACCAUGCCGACUUUCACCAAGAAGGCUUCUCCGGCUGCGCGGUCUCAAGUCGUCUCUACAUCAUCUGAGGCCAAAUCGGUCGAAACAAAGCAGCCCGCAGUCAAGGUCGACGAAACUCCCAGCCAGGAUCUCGUCAAGGUCGAGACUGGUAAACCCCAGUCCAAGGUCACCGCCGCUAUCCAGGCGACUCGAGAUCAAAUGGCCAAGUUCAUGGGCCUACGUCGUCAAGAUCGCCCUUCCACGGCAAAUGCGACGAUUGGACGUGGUCCAAGCGCGUCGUACGGAGGAUAUAUCAGGAGGGGAUAG